UGGGGUAGUGAUGUUUGCGCUUGCGCUCGUCGAUGGGGUGUAAUUAGUUUGAUAUUUGUUAAUAUUUAGUGAAAUGUAGUUUGGCGAUGUGAGCCCCCCGUGUGAUCUACCCCCACUCAGUGUGGCUACUGGUGUUGUUUGCGCCGCGCCAAUCUCUAUAGAGUAGGGUGUUGCACCUGGCUCCUCUAGUUGCGUACACGUCGACCAAGUUUUAUCUGCCGUCUCGGCUAGUGCCUGAACCGCAUGAGUUACAAUGAUGUUUCAUUGGAGAACGUACUAUAGAGCCGGUACUCUCUUCACGGAGCUAGUAGUGACCAUAACGUCAACGUCGCAGCCUCUCUAAUAUCGCGUUGUGAUGUGAGGACUCUUGUGAUGGACAUCUGGCUAUUAUUGAUGCACAAUUCACAGAUGGCUAACAAUUUAGUGAAGUGGUGGAAAACAAAGUUUCUCAACGGAUAUAAACAAUUCUCAGUCGAGUGUGGUGAUGGUAAAGUGUCUGAUACGGAAGAACUUCUAGGCCGAUUAGGGUCAGAAGUUGACGGUAAUGAAAGGUUGAGAUCAACAACACCACCUUUGCCAUCGCAAGACGAAACCACUCCUACGCCAACACCCGAGAAAAAACAACCUCAACACCAUCUCAAUUUUGAGGAAUUUUCCUGUGAUGUUUCGGUGGAAGAUGGGGAAAAGUCAGGACAGGAGCGACAGGAAUUUUCUUUUACUUUGUACGACUUUGAUGGCUACGGGAAAAUAACUAAGGAUGACAUUGCCGGUUUAGUAACGACAAUUUACGAAGCUUUAGGAUCGUCGGUUAAAGUGCCCCAUUACGGUAGCAAAACAAUCAAAGUCAAACUUACCGUAUCACCUGACCAACGUAAGCACGUAAGUGCCACAAUUAUCAACCAAAAAGACAAUAACAAUGAAAAAACACAAGAAACUAGUAUACGAUAUAAAAGAGACUUAAACGUGACUAUAAGACAAGGUAUUAACGAAAAAAGAAAACACGGUAGAAGACAAUCGAAAAAUAAAAAACAUCAAUGUUGCAACAAACACGAAGAAGAAGAUCAAGAAAAUCCUUUCGUAUCAGAUGACAGCUCAGACGCUUGUAGUCGAAUAUCCGGAAACUUAACAACUGACGAAGAGGAAGGAGAAUGCUCGGAUAAUGAACGACAUAAACCAAAAAAACAUCAAAAGAAAUGCCACAGAAGCACCAGUCCUAGAUACACUAUACCAAAUUUAUUUAUAAAAGACGCGAAUAUCUGCAACGAAAAUAACUGCUCAAAGAAAACGCCGAAGAAGAGGUCGGGCUCCUUGCAGCGCCAGGAGCUGCUCGAGAUCAUACAAGCCAACAUGGACAAGAACAACCUAGGUUUUCAAACGCCCAGAAAACAUUCCAACCAUGUUGGGACGCAGACGCGUCAGCUGGAGGCGCCCCAGAAGUCCCCGCGGAGCCCCAAGGUGUCCCCGUCGCCGCUGCAGUACCUAGCGAACAUCGUAGACCCGACGCACUUCUACGUGGACUUGGCGUCCCUUCAAAACACAACUCAACUCCCCCAAACCCACUGCCAAUACGACAAACUAAUCGACGCCGUAAUGUGCGUGUCGAAUAAAAAAAUCGCGUUAAAUAAACAAAAGUGUCGGAAGCACCGCAAGAACGACCUCACCGACUUCCUCCAAUAUCCGAUCACAAACGACGAGAACAAGCUGCACAAACCGACCAAAAGAACGCCAAAAAAGAGUGUUAGUGAUGUGAAAAAGAGCCCCCAUGUGGUGACGGGGCACACGUCGUCGCCGCACCAUCUCCGACACAAGAACCGGCAGGAGGACCAGGCGAGGGCCAUGGCGCAGGUGGUGCGUUGGCUGGAGCAGGAGUUCUCCUCGAAUUUGAACACGAAGGAGAAGGCCAAAGGGAACCAUUUUCACUCGACGAAGGAGAAGACCACGAGCACGCCCUCCACACCCAACUUGGGGGUGGAGCGACACGAACAUCACCACGUCCAUGAACACAUACACCAUCACUAUCACCACUACCAAGAGACUCCUUUAGUGGUAUAGCGAUGGGCUUGCGAGUGUAGACUUAUUCAAUUAGGGACCAUUUCGGAUGCCUUCACACUGAUCUUUAUGGUAAUGAGGUUCAAGUUCCUAUUUUGUGUGGCUCAUUUCGUUGAUAUUUCUUUUUUUUUUUUGAAUCUUGACUUGAUAAUACUCCGUUAUAUGUAUAAGAUAUGUGUAUAAUUCGUAUGACUAGUCUGUAUUAUUGUAAAGUAAGGUUAAUGAGUAUUUAUUAAAUUAUUUUUUAAUUUUAUUGAUAUUACGUUACUUCUGUUAUUUCACUUCAGUCAGUAUUGAUAUAUUUUUAUGUUAGUGAUUGUCAAUAGUAUUUAUUGAAUUUCUUACAUCAUAGUGUGCCUAAUUUAAAAUGCAAACUACUACCUCUGUACAAGUACUAAUUUAUAAUAAUGUAGGCAAUAAGGCAAUAAAUACCGCGCGAUCGAAAAAAAAUAAUUAGGGUAUGCGACGAUUAAUAUUCUACAGUUGGCAACAAUUUUUGCUGGGAAUUUUCCACACAAACUUGAAUGUAAAUGACCAUUCACCAUUUUCGUCUUCUACAGCAUUUUUGUAAUAACAUUAUUAUUUCACUCAAAAUGAAUUUUGUUUCCGCUGACAUUGAAGUCAAAAAUCAGGAUUGCCACCUCAAGGAUUUUAAUCAGCGCCUACUCUAAUUUUUUUUCGAUCGCAGGAUAUCAUUUCAGGGAUGCAAGGAAAUUUGUAAAUAAAUUCAUUUAACUUAGAACUUCCCUGAUUCAAAGUCUGACUAUAAGAAUGAACUAUUGUAUUAAUAAAUUAUAUAUAGUUUAUAUUAAUAAACUAUUUUAGUUAUCUUUCUUUUUAUUCAUAACACUAGAACAUAUUUAUUGAGAAAUAAAAUGUUUUA